AUGGUGAGUUUUGUGAGGUUUAAUCCAAAGAAUAUUUCUACAAAUUUACAAAAAAUCACAAGAUUGAAUCCAGAUUUAACAGAAGAAUUACUUUCCUCGGUGGAUGUUCCAUUAAGUAUUUCUAGAGACGAAGAAGAUGGAAGAAAAUUCUUGAUUUGUGAUUAUAAUAGAGAUUUAGAUUCUUAUAGAUCACCAUGGUCAAAUAAAUAUUAUCCCAAAUUAGAUGAUGAAGAUGAAAGUCCAUUCCCAUCUGAUAAAUUAAGACAAUUAGAAAUCUAUGCAAAUGAUUCAUUUGAUGUUUAUAGAGAUUUAUAUUAUGAAGGUGGUGUUUCAAGUGUUUAUUUUUGGGAUCAAGAAGAUGAAGAAGAUUCAACAAAUGAUUCAAAUUUCGCAGGUGUUGUAUUAUUGAAAAAAUCUACUGAUAAUGAACAAGGUUCAUGGGAUUCAAUUCAUGUUUUGGAAGUACUUGUUCAAGGUUCCUCGAAGGCUACAUAUAAAUUAACUUCCACAAUUAUAUUAGAUUUAUCAAAUGAUCCAAAAUCAACUUCAUUAUCUGGUAAUCUAAUUAGACAAACCGAGAAAACUUUACCAAUAACAGAUGAUCAAUCUCAUAUAGUUAACAUAGGUACUCUUGUUGAAGAAAUUGAAUCUAAAUUAAGAAACUUGUUACAAGAAGUUUAUUUUGGUAAAACUCGUGAUAUUGUUGGUGAUAUUAGAUCUUUACAAGGUAUAUCUUCAAGUGAGAAUGAUAAGCUAAAACACUCGGAAUUGGUCAAGGGGUUACAGGGGAUUUAA